AUGUUUGUGUUGUUUGCCUUCGAAAAGGCCGCGGCAUCGUUGCUAAAGUAUAUACGUAGUGAGCUCUGCCCCCGCCACCGUCGUCGCAGGAGGGCCAUCCGCGGAGUCAGGCCCAACGUGGCAUGGAAGACAACCUUCUCGACGGACUCUCAGAUUGCGCUGCAGUGGGUCAAGAAAACGGCUUCACGGUGCCCGCAGUUUGUAGAAGGCCGCGUGCGGGAGAUGCGGCACCUCACCGAUCCUGGUCAGUGGCGUCAUUGUGACGGGAAACAUAACCCAGCCGACCUGCUCACGAGAGGAAUCUCCGCGGACGAGCUCCCAACAUCGAACCGCACCCCAUCGUCCUCUCGGACGGAAGAGACGUGCUGUCCAGUCGCGAUCCGCCAUGGUGACCCCAUCCUCCGGUUAGAGGACUACAGUCUACUCAGCCGCGUGCUUAGAGUGACGGCAUACGUGCUCAGAUAUGUCAACAACUCGCGGAGACCUGUAUCAAGGCUCACCGGGCCCAUCUCUGCACAAGAACUGCAUUCGGCAGAGCUUCUAUGGGUCCGCCGCACUCAACUAGAAUGCUUUGGCGCAGAUGUCGUUGACCUUCAGGCGGAGCGACCCGUCUCCCGUUCGUCUGCUCUUUUGACGCUGAACCCAUACUUGGACGCUAACUCGCUCCUUCGGGUGGGAGGAAGAUUGCAGUGCGCCCACGAAGAGGGCAGCAACCGGCAGCCCGUACUUCUCCCGGCCAAGCACAGUCUCACAGAGUUGCUCGUGCUUGACGUCCACCGGCGUCUCCACCACACCGGAGUGCAAGACACCCUCUGCGAACUGCGACUGAAGUACUGGAUUGUCAAGGGCCGGCAGGCUGUUCGCCGCGUGCUCCAAACGUGCCUACAGUGUAGGCGUCGACGGCUGUCCUCACAGACUGCACCUGUUGCUCCUCUCCCGCGUGCAAGAGUUACUCCCACGAACCCAUUUGAUGUGGUGGGUGUGGACUUCGCGGGCCCUUUGUACGUGCACGAAGACAGCAAGCAGCGAAAGGCGUACAUAGUCCUUUUCACCUGCGGCGUCACACGUGCGGUGCACCUCGAAUGUCCACGCAACACUUCCUCAGUGCCUUCCGGCGUUUCACUUCCAGAAGCGGCGUACCAUCCCUCAUGA